AUGUAAGAUCAAUAGAGUAUGUUUUCAGUUUACAGUAAUCCUUGGAAUAAGUAAAAUAUAACAAAGGAAAAAGGAUAUUUGUUAGCCAAAUCAAUUGAUAAACAUCCUGAAUUCAAAACAGAGAUCUUAGAUGCUAUAGGAUAAUAAUAAUAAACCAGAAAUAUUUUUAAAGAUCCAGUAAGUAUGUAAUUGUGCAAAUAUGACUCUACUAUUGGUCCAAAAUUAGAGAAUAAUAAAAUUGUUAUACGAUCAAUUGUAGGUAAACCAGACAUUUUCAAAAGGAAAUUAAGUUUAUUGACAGGAUAAGAUCCAAAAUCAAGUAGUAGAAGAACAUUUGUUAAGGGAAAUACUACAAAUACUUUUAGGAAUAAUAACAAUACAAUAAAAACAUAAUAAGUAUAUACAGGUGAAGAAUUAUUGGCUAAAGUUAAUUUGAUUGAAAAACAUCUAUUUGAAUCAAGAUUAAAAGAGGAUUAAGAAAUAAUGAAUAUGCCAUUCCAAAAAAAAUAGAUUUUAUUAAAAGAAACUAGAGCUCUCGAAGAAUAUUUAAAAUUAGAAAAAGAAUAAAGCAAUUUAUUAAUUGGAGUAACUAAAUAAUCAAAUAAAGAUCCAAGUAAAUCAGUGAUGAUAGAUUGUUAUAGAUUUCGUAGAAAAUAAGAGUAUUGUAAUACAAAUGACUCUUUACAUAGAAAUAAUGAAGAUAAAACAUUUAAAAUAUUGUAAUUAAAAAUCUUUAAUUAGGGAAAUAGAUGAUGAUAGUGGUUAUCCCUUAUUUAUGAUGUCAUAGAAUGAUGAAGUUAUAAGAAAACCUAGUAUUAUUAAUCAAGAUGAAACUACAUAAUCUAUAUUGAAAUAAUUAAAUGAUGAACCUGUUUAUCGAAGUUUCUCAAGCAAAGAUUACUUGAAAUCUUAAUCAAAUAGAUACACUAAAAUAGCAUCAGAUAAAAUCAAUAUGAAUAUUGAUAACUUGAUUGUUUAAGGAUAGAGUAAAUUAGAUUAAGAAAUUAAAUUUGAUAUAAAUGCAAAAUAUCUACUUUAACCUAUUGAUAAAGGUAAUAAAGAAGAGACAAUUACUGAAAACUAUUCAGGUUAUUAUAAAAUAAAUUUUAAAUGA